UGUACAUCUUCCAGAAAUCCUUUCGAAUAUCCAAGUUUACCAUGUUGGAACGACCAUAAGAGUGAAACGUUUGUGCGAGAUUGUGCCACAAAUAGACCAAGGAUGGUCCAAAUAUUGAUAUCUAUGUCCCAUGAUGUGGAUAACUGGACGAUAAUCGAACUUCAAGGAACGUUAGAGGCAAAAGAAGAAGUCAGUUUAGAAGGGAAAGCCAUCGGUGACUUACAUUUCGAUGGAAAGGGAACACCCAUGCUUAUCAUUGGUCACCAUCUUCUCACUGGUAAGGUUGUUGAAUUAGACAAACCAUAUGCUGUGCUUUACAAGAAGACGAACAAUGAGGAUGAAGACAAUAAGGAAGGUGAAAUAUACUAUGAUGUGUGUGCUCUAGUAAGGAAGAAAAUCAUCUUCAAGACCAGACCCAAGCCAAUUGUGUUUAAAAAUGUUCCAAUAACCAGGUGAUGUUGGAAAUUAACAUGGUUGCACAAACUUGUUCAUCAGUGACAUUGUAAUAGGGAAAAGAUUAAUUGACGUCUAUUAGAUUUUGAAACAUUACUGGAUUCUUCAACUCCUCAGAGUGACUAGCAUCUAAAUUUUCCUCACAAUAUCACCCCUGAAUUACACAUCAAGGGAGUGAAAUCAAAGGAAAUGAUCACCAACUAAGGAAGCUCUUGAUUGUUAAACCAAUCCUCCUUGUCAGCACUCAGGAAAUGUACAGAGAACAGUAUGGAGAAUAUGAAUACUGAUGUUAGGGUGUAAAGGGUGAAAAAAUUGUGAUAUCUGUACUCUAUUACAACUUAAUAUCAUUUGUGGAACCUAUGACAAUCAAAAUAACUUAAUUUUUAUAGAAAGCACAUUUUCACAAUGGUGUCAUUUGACGAUUACCAGAAUCCUUCCUUUUCCUGUGAAAGUGUCAUCAUCUGUUUAACCUCAAUUGGUUAAUUAAAUUAAAAUCUAAAAGGAAAACCGAAAUGAACAAUGGUAUUUAUAAUCAAAUGACAACAUCAUAAAAAUGUCCUCUCAUGUUUGUUUAAACUUGUGUGCAUGCUUAGAAUUGAUACUUGACAGGAAUGCUUUAUUAAUCUUGUAGGCACAGCU